UCACUUGUGUACUAGUAUCAUUCUCCAGCUCAUGAAUGUUUUUUGUUAAUAACUUGAAGUGAGAAAUGUGAUGAGUGAAUUUUUAAUUUCUUUGAUAUUGCAAGCACAACAAUUAGCUUGAGGUUAUGUGAAGUAGAAUUUUUUGGUUGAUAAUUGCCAUACAUUAUAAGAAUAACUUUGAAUAUACUUGAAGUGCUUGUGCCACGAAUUAUUUGCAUUAAAAUGAGCUAACUACGGAUGUUCUUCCUGAAAUUGAUAAAUGGGAAAUGACUUCAGUUGAGUUGGAAUAUUGUGUGUGAGUAAAAUUAAACUGGACAAGGAAAAUGGCCUCACCAUCUCUGAACCUUGGAGUGGUUGGAGCUGAGGUGGCCAAGCAGGCAAAAAAGGAAGCAGUGACUCAAAUUAACCUGUUACUCGGUAAAGAUGCAAAAAAACUUUCAUCCAUAUCAGAAGUUGUACAACUCUUCUCCAACACCAAAGUUGAUAUGGAGAAAAAGCUGGAGUUUGUGAGCAAUGCAGCUCCUGAUCACAUCAGCACUGCUGUACUGGAAGCGGAACAGCAGCUCAGCAAGUCUGAGGAGCUUUGCAAUGAAGCUGAAGAGAUUCUUAAGGAUGUUAGCAUCCAGAAAGAGAAAGUAUCUGGGCUUCUGGGCAGCGUAGAGGGGGAACUUGAGCUCAUGCUUCAGAUGGAUGCAGUUCACUGCUACCAGGCUUGGGUGAAGUCCAUUCAGGAAAUAAGCUCUGACAUGACUGGCAUGAUGAGUGGUGGCAGUGACGAUGGCUCAGCAUUGCUCAGUCGCUACUCUGAGCUACAAGACAUCUUGUUGCACGUCUCAGGACGCACUGCCUGCUCCAACUUGGAACGCUUCAUGUUGGACACACUUACAUACUGGCAUAACAGACUGGUUCAAACUUACUCGCAAGAAUUUGACGAGGUGCUGCAGUCUCUGAAGUAUCCGUUCAUCAGCACCAACACGACAGUGCUGCAGGCAGACCCUGACCCUGGCCAGAUCAAGAAGCUCCAGGAGCUAACAUCUCACUUGCUCCAGCUUAACGAGAAACCUCUCACUCUUGUAUCGAAACAAGACGUGAACUUUGACCAAAAGCGUGGCUCACCAUUGUGGAAAGAUACUCUAGAUCCUGCAAAAAAUAGUACCAAUUUAUCCCUCUCCAGCAACAGUGAGUCUCUUUCAACCAACGAUUCCAUGUUCUCUGCCACGUCCCAAUCACCAUCAAAGAGCCCCAGCAAGGAUGACCAGCCAGCACUAGUGGCAGAUUUUGAGCCGCUACUCGCACCAUUAAAACUUCUCGUCAAACCUCUGGAGGUGCGCUUUGCUUAUCACUUCAGUGGCAAUAAGAAGACCAACAGCGUGGCUCACCCUGAGUGGUGCCUCACCCGCGUCUUGUCUUGGAUCUCCAGCCACUCUUUCUUCCUGAACCGCUACAUCCAGCCCGUCCUGGACGAACAUAAGCUCAACCACGUCAAAGCCCAGACAGAGUUGAGUCGCGCGCUUGUGAAGCUGACGGUACAGAAGUUGGCCGCCGAUCUGUCGACCAUCAUGACGGACGAGGAUCUGUUCUGCCACAGCCUGCAAGAGGUGCUGAGCUUUGAGCAAGAGCUGCGCCUGUCCUGUGGCUAUCCUGCCAGUCAACCUUCAGUGCUGCUUGUCCUCACGCAGCCUCAGGUGCUGAAGCAUUGGGUGUCGCUGGAGCGCAAAUUUGCGGUGGCUGUGAUGGACGAACUCGUGGGAAGCCCUGAGGCCUGGUGCUGCCUGGAGGAGGGGGACGGCUGGAGUGCCUGUGGUGAACAGCUCAUCACUCUCCUCCUUGCUGUCACUGACAGGUACAAGGCCCUACCCCAACCUGGGCACCGGCUGCAGUUCCUGGAGGUGCAGCUGGAGCUGCUGGAUGAGUAUCGCGUGCGGUGCGUGCAAGUGUCGCGGGAGCUGCAGGCGGAGCCCGUGACCUCACACUACCCCAGCAUCCUGAGCACCUUACACACACUCAUCUCCACCCUCGAGGAAUGGGGCGACAUGCCGUUUUUCCUGGAGCUGGGCGUGUACAGAGCUCAACAGCGGGAAUUGGAUCUUGCUAUGGAGCAUGGUUCCGCACCGUCUGUUCCGUUGACAACUGUCGCUGAGGCGGCCGCAUGCAGCGUAUUUGACGACUGCGUGCUUCUCUACAAGCACGUUCAGGACGAGAUGCUGGCAACCCUCGUGCAGCAUCUCAUGACUCUCCUUCGCGCUCGCUUCAUGCCUUACCGGAGGGACAAAUGGUUUAUUGAACCAAAUAAAAGUGGCAGCAGCAUUCGUUGCAGUGACGUGUCAGCCAGUUUUUGCCCACUCCUGGAGGUGCUGGCGCGACAAUUGCACUCACUUCGCCGCGUGCUGGCACCUGAACUCUUCACCGAACUCUGGCACCGACUUACUGAUCUCCUGGACAAAUUUCUCUUCGAAGAGCUCGUGCUACAAAAUCAUUUCAGCGACGUUGGUUGUGCGCAGCUUCAGUUCGACAUGACUAAAGCUUUGUUUCCAAUGUUCAUCGAAUUCACUAGCAAGCCAGAGUACCAUUUCCCGAUGGUGAAGGAAAGCCUGACGUUAUUAACUCUACCGUUAGCGCCGGCUCUGCUGCUUCGUGACACGCUACGCCAGACUUUGCUCAGCAGUACGGGCCAGGCAGGGCGUUCUGCUGCUGAUGUGCCGUCGGUCGUAACUCCAGAAGCCGCGCUUACUGACCACGGCAUCUCCAGGAUAUCUCCGGAAGACGCUCUUAUUAUACUCAAUGCCAGAAAUAGUAUCAGUACGUUAUGAUAACAAACAAACCAUUUAUUAGUGGUAAACUCGCCACAAUGCUGCUGGUAUCCCCUAAUGCAUAGAGACAUUCUAAUCUUACAAUAUUAAAAACUGCUGUUUACGUGUAACGGUGAUAGUUAUAACUGAACGGGAAUGGAGACCGGUAUAUAAAUGUUUGAAUAUUGCCAGUUGUUGUACGAUCAGAUCAACGAAGUUAUCUAUCAAAGCAAAUCGCUCUAUUUAUUUGCUCAUAUAUGAUUGGUGUGGAAUCGCGUCGGAUCACUAGACGCUUUACAGAUUGAUUUCGCGAACGGAAGUUACGUUAUGAAGUCAUUCAAUAAUUCGUGUCCACAUACUACUAAUAGAACGGCAACGAUCGAAACUCGCUAUAAUUGUGUGCUGUUGUAGAAAUUUAUGGUUUAUACGUGUUAUAAUGUUUUCGAUAUUUAGGUGAAGUCCGGAUUCAAUUCAGACAAAAGUUUGAUAAAAUUUGUCUAACUUAUAAAUAAUGUAUCAGUCAGUUAUUAGAAUCUGUCAAAACGGAUAAUACUGUCAACAGCCAAAUUCUGUUCGUAUAAGGAAUUAUUUUCGCAGAGCACUUCAGGCAGAUAUGAAGAUAAUAAAAGGUUGAUGCAUCACUCACUUUAUUGCAUAUUGUUAAAUCUUGAAUUGCUCUGCAGGUUCUACCCAAACUCAGUUCGCAAUCCCUUUGUCCGCAACAAGUAAACCUCUUCUGCUUGAUCUGACUCAAUAUUAUAUUAAGAUCUCGAGAUUUCAAUAUAAUAAUUAGUCAGUACUCAGUCGACAAGGAUACAAAACAGAUUUGCACGAAUUAUUUCUUUAUUUCGCUUAAAUAUACAAGCUCUUCAAAAGUU